AUGUACUCCAGCCCCAUGAGCACUGCGAACACGGAAGAGGCAACCCCGAGAGGCGGUGCCUCAACAACCCAAGAUGUUGGGGAAACUUCACAGACUGCCUCACCUCCCCUUUCCCCGGAGCCAGAGGAAUGCAGGAGGAGGCAGGUGCGCUUGGAGCUCCUCAAGAGGCACCUCGCUGCCUGUUUGUGCUCUGAGGAAACAUUGACGAUCACCCUAGUGAGAGAAAAUAAUCCUCAAAAGACCCUGAGGCUAAAGCAAUGCAGCGUCCAAGGAGAACAGCUGGCAGCCAUGCUAGGAAAGUGCCUCUCCCUGACCAAUUUCAUGUCAAUUAAUAAUGGCCUGACACUGAGUGAUGCAGAGACUCUGUUUAAGGCCCCGAGGAAACUUACGGGUGUGCUAAGGAUGGGCAUAGAAGAGCGGUGGGUGAAGAAUGAGAGUCUUGUUGGCCUUCUGAAGUUGGCGGCCGAAGUCCAGGGGAACAUUACAGAAGUCACGAUAAGGAGAGACACAUCUCUCUUCGUAGUGGAACAGGAAUUUCCUCAUCCAGUGGAGAAAGUGGAGUCUGUGGUUAGCAGGCUGCAUCAGUGCGAGCUAGAAGCCAAGGGCGUGCCCUUCCUGCAAACGUUCGUUGAGAAAUGUCAUCAGCUCUGUGUGUUAAACUGGUCUGAGGUGCAGUUCACAGACACCGAAGCGGCAACCAUCUCCAGUGCCCUGCUGCAUUUUCCAGUGCUGAAGAGGCUUGAAUUGACAUGUUGCAGGAUAUCUCCUUUUGGGAUUGAGCACUUGGCUGAAGCACUGAGUCAGUGCACUGCCAUUGAAGACAUCAACAUAUCCAAAUGCAACCUUGGCCUUGAGGGCUUGAGUAAUCUAGUGAAUGCUCUGGAAGGAAAGCUCCACUUGAAAAGCAUAAACCUUGGCUUUUUGAAUCUUGAAAAUGGAAAUGCUCUGAAACUGAUUUCAAGACUCUCCACCCUGCCUCUCCUGAGAAGACUUGUUUUGAACAAUAACAGCCUGCGUAGUGAAGUCUGUCCCCAUCUUGCAGAAACUUUGAAGAAUGCCAUUCACAUGGAAGAAAUCAAUUUAAGCUACAAUGAGAUUGAGGAUGCUGGAGUAAAAGAAAUAGCCACAGCAGUUCCACAAAUGAAGAACUUGAAGCAAAUUGACCUGUCACAUAAUAGCAUCAGCUCUGUGGGAGGACAAUGUUUUGUGGAAGCUCUGGCUGGCAGCGAGAGGUUGGAAGAGCUCCGGUUAUCUGAGAACAAUCUUGGAUGUGAGACUGCAGCAAAACUAGCUGCAAUUCUGCCUUCUGUGCACCAUUUGAAGGUCCUUCACCUGUCUUCCUGCAACAUUGACUCUGAGGGAAUUUCUCAUUUGACCAAAGCUCUGUCUGAAUGUCCACAAAUACAGGAGCUCAGUUUGUCAGAAAAUUGCAUUGGGAACAAGGGAGUCAAGGCCCUUGCAGAGGGGCUGACAUGGUCUUCACAACUGAGGAAGAUUGAGCUGAAGAUGUGUAGAAUCACGGACUCGGCUUCCAGGCCCCUUGCCUCUGGGCUCAGCCGCUGUGCUCUGCUUGAAGAGAUCGUCCUGUCUUGGAAUGCACUUGGUGAUGAAAGCGCACUGGAACUAGCCAUGAUUCUUCCUGGGAUGGAGAGACUGAGAAUACUGGAUCUGGACCAUAACGAAAUCACAGCCUGCGGCAUCAGAGGGCUAGCCGAGGAGCUUAUUCAGUGUCGAAGAAUCCAGUCUGUACG